UGAAGAGCAUGCUGAGAGUUUGGAUGCUCAGUCUGAAUGUUGUGUAAUACUAUCACCACCACCUCUGGGAAUUGCUGUCUUGACUUCAUAUGUGUGAGUGUGUACUUCUCUUUUCCUUGGAGGAGUCACUGAAGAGCUCUUGCUAAAAGAAGAACUUGCUGAGGGUGUUUUCAGCAUUUCUUUCACCUUUGUCCUUAUCUGCUGGCUGGGAUGAGGGGGCUCAGGAGUCUUAUUGUUGGGCUCUUGUCUGCCUUCUUCUCCACUGCCUUUGGUCUUUACUUCCCUCCUGACGUGGAGCAGCUGCCGACCAUCACUGCUCAGACCUCAGGCUCUUUCAUUGCCUUGCCAUUUGAUGAGAACUUCCUGUUCAAGUGUGAAGCCAAAGGCAACCCAAGACCUACGUACCGCUGGACGAAAGAUGGGAUGGAUUUUGACCUGCAUAAAGACUCUCAGCUCAUUAAAGAAGAGAGUAGCGGGUCCUUUUUGAUACCCAAAGAUAUGGCGAAAUACGAGGGAAAGUACAGAUGUUAUGCCUCAAACAAGCUUGGAACAGCAAUAUCAGAGGAAUCAGAAUUGGUUGUGCCUAUGACUCCCAAGUUUCCCAAGAAGAAGAUAGAGCCAGCGGUGGUCACAGAAGGCGAUUCAGUGGUCUUGGAGUGUAACCCACCACAAGGCAUUCCACCUUCGCAACUGUACUGGAUGACCAAUGAUCUUCAACACAUCGAGCAGAAUGAGAGGGUGACCAUGGGCCUCAAUGGGAAUCUGUACUUCUCUAAUACACUGAUGUCAGACAGCCACGAUGACUACUCCUGUUUUGCCUCCUUUUCCAAGAUACGCACAAUCGUUCAGAAACCACGCAUGGUCCUGAGGGUCAAGCCAAGCCAGGGGGAUGAUGGCUUUAAGAGUGUUCAGAAGAGGAAGCCGAGCAUUUUGGUGCCCUCCAGUCAUUCAACGACAUACCUAAAAAAAGGAGAAGCGCUGGAACUGGAGUGUAUCGCAGAAGGACUGCCUACUCCGGUGGUAGAAUUUAUCAAGAUGUGGGAAAAUUUACCAAACCGUACACACAUCAAGAACUAUGGAAAGGUCCUUACAAUACCAAAUGUCACAGAGCAGGAUGAAGGGAAAUACAUGUGCAAAGCCAAGAAUGAUCUUGGGGAAGAUGAGCAUUAUUUCCAAGUUGUCGUGGAGGAGCCUCCUAGCUGGCAGGAGGAGCCAGUGAAGAGUCAGUUAGUAAAGAUUGGAUCUGAAAUCCACAUCAAGUGUUCUGCUAGAGGAAAACCACAACCCACAAUCAUCUGGAAGAGAAACGGCCAGCCUCUUGAUGAUUUUCCUUCUACCAAUUACAAAGUGCUUGAUGACAGAAUAAUCAUCCUCAGAGCGCAGCAGAGAGACACUGCAGUGUACCAGUGUGAGGCCUCCAACAGACACGGGACCCUACUCUUCAAUGCUAAUGUGCUUGUCAUGAAUCAUCCCCCUUUGAUUCUGACCCGAGAUUAUCUGGAGUACUCAACCAUGUUAGGAAAGAGUGUGAUUAUGGACUGCGAAGUCUUUAGCUCUCCACCUGCCACCAUUAACUGGAGAAGAGAAGACCCAGAGGGCUCUCUAGAUGGAGAGAGAUAUUCUCUCCUGAAGAAUGGCUCCCUGCAGAUUCACAAAGUCGAGAUGGAAGAUAUGGGCCAGUACAAAUGUUUGGCAAAGAACUCAGAAGGCACCAUGAGCCUCACCAUUGAACUUUUCAUCAAGGAUUCAACGAGGAUUGUAGAACCUCCUCAAGACACGAAGGUCAAACGAGGAUCUAUGGCGAAGCUAGAGUGCCAGGUGGAGUGCGAUCCCACCCUCAGAAGAGAGCUGGAGAUCUUGUGGAUGAAAGAUGGGAUGAAUAUCCUCUCAAACUUCUCUGAGAGAUAUUUCACAGAUGAUGGAACUCUUCAGAUUGUCAGUGUGAGCCACAGUGAUCAGGGGAAAUACACCUGUGUUGUUCGAACAUCACUGGACCAAGAUACAGCUUCUGCUUACAUAACUGUGUUAGAUAUUCCAGAUCCACCGGUUCAGCUGACACUUUCUGAGCGGAAAAACCGCAGUGUCAGGCUCCACUGGGCAGCUGCCAGCGAUCAUAACAGUCCCAUAACAGAGUUUAUCAUCCAGUAUGAAGAGAACAACUGGGACCCAGAGAAUUGGAAGGAGCUUCUACGAGUUGCAGGCAGCCAGAUCUCAGCCCCCUUGACGCUCUACGGCCACAUUAACUACCAGUUCAGAGUCAUCGCUGUCAAUGCUAUUGGGAGAAGCCUUCCCAGCAUGCCCUCCGAAAGAUAUAAGACACCUCCUUGCGCCCCCGACAGGAACCCAGAAAACAUUAAGAUUGAGGGUCGCCUGCCACAUCAGAUGGACAUCAUCUGGGAG